CUCUCCGCGCAUGCCCCGUGAGGGCCCCGCAAUGGCGGCGCCCGGGGAGCAGCUUAGGAGGCGGAAGGCUGCGGACGCUGGCCAGGAGCCUGCGACUCCGCCGGGGCCAGGGCACGACCCCGCGGGCUGCCCGGCCCGCCUGCGCGCGGGCACCUUCUGGCUGACCAGGAUCGUGCUCCUGAGGGCCCUCGCCUUCGUUUACUUUGUGGCAUUCUUGGUGGCUUUUCAUCAGAACAAGCAGCUGAUCGGGGAUAGAGGACUCCUGCCCUGCAGGGUGUACCUGAAGAGUGUGCAGCAGCACUUCCAGGGGCGGGUUGGCUGGGACGCCGUGAGCUAUGCCCCCACCAUCCUCUGGCUGCUGGACUGGUCACACAUGGACUCCAACCUGGAUGCCCUCGCACUGCUCGGGUUGGGCACCUCGUCUUUCAUCCUGGUUACCGGCUGUGCCAAUAUGGUUCUCAUGACUGCGCUCUGGGUCCUCUACAUGUCCCUGGUCAAUGUGGGACAGAUCUGGUAUUCAUUUGGAUGGGAGUCCCAGCUUCUGGAAACAGGGUUCCUGGGGAUUUUCCUGUGCCCUCUUUGGACUCUGUCUCGACUGCCCAGGAAGACCCCCACGUCCCGGAUCGUUCUGUGGGGCUUUCGGUGGCUGAUUUUCAGAAUCAUGCUUGGAGCAGGCCUGAUCAAGAUCCGGGGGGACCGGUGCUGGCGAGACCUCACCUGCAUGGACUUCCACUACGAGACGCAGCCGGUGCCCAACCCCAUGGCCUACUUCCUGCACCGCUCCCCAUGGUGGGUCCACCGCUUCGAGACCCUCAGCAACCACUUCCUGGAGCUCGUGGUGCCCUUCUUCCUCUUCCUCGGACGGCGGAUGUGCAUCCUCCACGGCGCCUUACAGAUCCUCUUCCAGGUGGUCCUCAUCGUCAGUGGGAACCUGAGCUUCCUGAACUGGCUGACCAUCGUGCCCAGCAUCGCCUGCUUCGAUGACGCCACCCUGGGGUUCUUAUUUCCCUCCGGGCCUGGCAGCCUCAAGGACCGAGUCCUCAAGAUGCAGAAGGAGGAAGCCCGGGAGGCCGGGCCCACGCCGACGUACGGCUGCAUGGUGCGGCAGGCGGCCAACCUGGCACUGGGUGUCCUGGUCGCCUGGCUCAGCAUCCCCGUGGUCCUCAACUUGCUGAGCCCCAAGCAGGUCAUGAACAGCUCCUUCAACCCCCUCAGGAUCGUCAACACAUACGGAGCCUUCGGAAGCAUCACCAGGGAGCGAACAGAGGUCAUCCUGCAGGGCACGGCCAGCCCCAACGCCAGCGCUCCGGACGCUGUGUGGGAGGACUACGAGUUCAAGUGCAAGCCGGGUGACCUGAGGAGGCGGCCAUGCCUCAUCUCCCCCUACCACCACCGCCUCGACUGGCUCAUGUGGUUCGCAGCCUUCCAGACCUACGAGCAGCACGAGUGGGUCAUCCACCUGGCGGGCAGGCUCCUGGCCAACGACGCCGAGGUCCUGUCCCUGCUGGCCUUUAACCCCUUUGCGGACAAGGCCCCCCCCAGGUGGGUCAGGGGCGAGCACUACAGGUACAAGUUCAGCCGCCCCGGGGGCCUGCACGCCGCAGAUGGCAAGUGGUGGAUCCGGAAGAGGAUCGGCCCCUACUUCCCUCCACUCAGCCUCCGGAACCUGAAGGGCUACUUUAGGUCACGGGAGUGGCCGUACCCAGCACCGGACUAGAGGGACCCAGGGCCUGUCCACCAAGAAAUAAAGUGGGAAGACAUUAGCACCCCUG